UAAAAAGCGGAGGAAGCCGGUACCAAUCUAGACAGCAUUUGUUGUAUCCACAGUAAGAAAGUAGAGGGCGCUGUGCGGUUGAGUGAGCGUGGAGCGGUCGUGGAGAGGGUGGAAGUGCGGGUGGCGGGUGUGAGUCGACGGCAGCGGCGACAGGGAUAACGUUCAGGCUGACGUUCUGGCGCGUUGCUAAUGGCAGCCGCGAGCUCUGCGUUGCUGAGCGGCGCUCGAUUGGUGGUGCUGGCUUUGGAUUGAACACCUGCGCUGCCGAGAGGUGCUCGGGUGGGUGUGGACAGCGUGUGUUGGUGUAACAACAGGUUAACAGCCGCCAGUUUCUGCACUGAGAGGUUUCCCAAACCAUGUCCUCAACCAACGGGUCUGAUGCAGGACGCAGAGAGGUAGGGAACAAGCUGAAUCCAAACCAAGGCGAACAAGCUGGAGGGGCGGUCCAGAGAAUUGACAGCGCAGCGAUUGUGGCGGGCUCAAACCGUUCAAACAUUGGCCUCAAGAUGAUCACAGUAAAAAAAUUUGACGGUCCGACCAGAAAUGGCUACCUCAACUCAGGCGCUUACGAUUGGUUGGAACGCCUCAAGGUACAGAUCAACCUCGCCGAGAGACUGACAGAACGCAAAGGACCAGAGAAGGUGAAUGUGAAGACUGUUGCCGUCAAACUUGCAGAAACACGCAGCUUUCCAACCGAGCCGUAUGCUGAGUACGCGCAUAAUCUGUCCCAGAUUGCGACUGGGUUGAACCAAGGCAAGGCUAGCAACUAUACUGAGCAGCAAGCACCAAGCACGCUCGUUAACUACGCGCACCCACUAUUAAAAACGGACCUGGAAGCUAUGCUCGAUCCAAAGAUGGAAGAUACAACAUUUAAACUGGACGGUGCCGCUGUGCUACUCACCCGUUUGGCAAAGAGAGCUGGUGGAUCUUCACGCUUCUUAGACUCCGGAGCCUCAAACCACAUGACUGGAGACUCAACGCCGCUAGUGGACAUUACCACAUCCGUGGCUACCAAUGCAGUGACUCCUCGAGGACACGAGAUCGCGACAUCAAAUUCACUCGAGGACUGGCACCGCCGUCUGAGACAGCUGCGCUACCAAGCUAUCGUUGACCUUGAGAAAGGUAGACUGGUCAGCGGCCUCCACAUUACCGGUACUCACUGCACAGCCAUGUGA